GCAACAUAGCUAGAAAAACGUCAAUGUCAGUACAUCGAGUCGGGGAAGCUGUUUGCAAUUUUUUUUUGUUGUUUGGUUUUCCUUUCCUUGUGCUAAUUUCGUUUUCAAAGUUGAUGAGUGCUAUAAAAUUAAAACUCUGGUGAAAUAACUGAUGUUAGUUGAAGCAGCUACUAAUUUGUGGCGUUGUGUACACGAGAUAAUCAAGUUAUGUGCUAAGAAUUACUUGUAAUUGGAUAAUAAAGUUUCAAGAGUGCACUCACUGCAGUGGUAUCGCCGCAUGAAAUCCCCCCAGUCCCCCACGGUAGGGCUUGGCGCCAGUGAUGGCGGGCGGCAGCGUGUGGUCGCGGCGAGUGGCGGCGCGCACGCGCACUCUGCGCGGCCUGGUGCGCGACACGCAGCGCGCACUGCACGAUGUCGCUGAUAUACUGCACACAGACCCGCAAGUAUUCACCACAGUCCAAGAAGUGGGCAACCAGUCCCAGCGCUGCACAGCAUUAGUGCUGCUGGGCACGUCGCCAUCAGCCCGCGCGAGGCUGCUGCACGCACUGCUGGGACACAAGCUGCUGCCGGAGCCGCCGCCGCGGCCGUGUCGAUGGGUGCGCAUCCAAUAUGGUAGCAGCAACCAGCGGCAGGUGCACUUAACCCUCGGCAACUCGGAGUUCGAGCUGGUUGAGGAGCUGGAGUGCAACAAGAGGCCCUGGGAUACCCUGCCCGUUGAGGACCUAAUAAGACAAGAUAAGACUGAUCUCACAACUAUUUUAGAAAUUGAAAUAAAUAACCAAUUCCUGAAGGAUGGUCUCCGGAUCAUUCUGCCUCCAGACCUGGAGGUAGACCCAGGGGCCUCCAGUCAUCAGACAUUGAAGAAAAUCCACGCAGAAUUGUACUCAAAACGGGACAGCAUUUUAAAGAAUUUUAAUCCCGUAUAUUUGUAUGCUAUUGAUAAGAUAGGAAAGAAUAUAUUUAGUGAGAAUAUUAGUGGGACUAUAACUACUUCUAGAAGUGAGGAGGACUUUUGGAAUACUUUCAAUUUGUACUCUAUGGCGAGAGUGCCAAAUAGUGGUGAUGUUGGUGAGAGUGGGGAUGGUGAUAAAAAUGAAGUGAAGAGAGAGUGGAGUGGGAGUAGGGAACCUGCUGUGUUUUCGGGGGAGAAUUGCCUAGAUCUGCAUCAGAUAAAGGAGAUCAAUCCGAACUCUCAGGUCCUGUUCGUUCUGUUCUCCAACAGCGAAGACAUGAACAGAACAGAAGACCACGCAGAAGAUAACAAGAAGCACGAGAAGAGAAUCAAUGUGGACGCUUUGAAGUGGAUAUUUAGUUCCAGACAAAGUCAAGAAGCACAGAAGUCAGCAGAGCAAAAAAAUAAAGGAGAGGAUAAAAGACUGUUUGAAGAGCAGAACGCCUUCAUGAAUGAACUCAUGGACCAGUGGGAGAUGAUGUCAACCCCACCACCAAAACACCACGUAAAAAGUCAAUGCAUAAUCCUGGACGAUUCUGACAUCAUUCGUCCAGAAAUCCGCGUGUCCCCGGUACAGAGUCCCCAGGAUACUGGGAAGUCGGAGCGCACUGUCAAGAGUAGGACUGGACUGUUAACUACGGUCGUGAAGUUUGCUGCGGAUAGCUGUCAAAGUUAUCUGCUGGAGUAUUGUACGAGGUUGAGUGAGGUCCACGUGAAACUGCUACAACAAUUCAUCCUGGCGUCGUUCGACAUGGCGCGGGAGCUGCAGGUGGUACCCAAGAAGAUACAGUACGUCGCCCGACAGGAACAACAGCUAUAUGAGACUAUAAACGAAAAGUUCUCCGAAGGGGACAAGAAGAGAGAAUUACUGAAAAUGAUGCAGGAAGUGUUAGAGGAGAUGAGAGCAGAAGUCAACUAUAUGGACUGGAGUGUGGAUGAUCUCCCGUGGCACCAAGACCCUCGCUUCAUAGUGUCCAACUCGAUCUUCUACUCGUCAUCUCGCAGCAGCCCCGCGCGGCGCGACGCGUCGGACGGCGAGGAGGCCGUGUCGUACGACAGCUACAACUUCGACGACUACGAGAUCAUACGCGCCAAUGAUGAGAGUCUGUCGGGGGACUUUGGGAAGGUUAAGCCCCCAGAUGAAGAUUCACCCCCCUUCAACAACAUUCGAGUAGAAAACGAGUCAGAAGCCUUCUCCAUGUCGACAGCCCGAGCCAGCUGGCACAGCGAUACCGCCGACACUCGUGACACUCGCACCGACACUGUCGACACUAGCGACACUCGCGCUACUUGCACUAAUAGUGUUAAUAUUUCUGUUAAGCAGGCGUCGCUUGAUGUUCAGCAGACGGUUCUCUCUAAACUAAGUCAGAAGAUCAGCUUAAAGUUAGCGAAGUUUGUGGAUUGUCUCAAGGAUACAUACUUCGGAACAUUGCAAAGAUGUCUAGAAUCCCUGGAAUGGUCGUGCAGACAGGAGCUCGGAGGCCGUCCCGCCAGCGAGGCGAUGCGACAGUUACUAUCAGUCGCUCGGCAGGUGGACCUGUCUCCCUGCGCCACCUUCCCGGUCCUCAGGAGUUUGCUGGAGUCGCUGAGGCGGUUGUUGCAUAAACUCCGGCUGGUAGGCGGCGAGGCGGAGGAGGCGUGCUGCGUGCUGAGCCCGCUGUGGCGCCGCCGCGUGGCCGCCGCCGCGCUGCACCAGCUGUCGCCGCAUCGCCUCGCCAAGCUCAUCUCCACACAGAUUCUAGAAAGACUGAGCACAGCACACGAGCGGUACCAGUCGGCGCUGACUUCUCUCGAGACAGCGCUCGCCGGCAGGCUGCAUCACACCGAGGAUAUCAAACUGGCUAUCAGGAAAAAAUACGCACCUACAUUCGCGCGGUUGUGUCUUGAAAGUACAUCCAUGUGCGAUCUGCUUAUGUACGGCACUCCAGAACUCGGUAGAGAAAUAGGUCGCGGUCAGUACGGCGUAGUAUACCUGGCUCGCGGCGGCUGGGCGGGGCGGGCCGUCGCCGUGAAGUCCGUGCUGCCCGCCGACGAGCGACACUACCGGGAACUCGCCAUGGAGUUCUUCUAUACCAGGAGUAUCCCAGCGCACCCGCGCAUCGUCCGCCUAUACGGGUCCAUUGUACAGCGUGGUGGCGCCGGCCCCUGCGUACUGCUCAUGUCAGAGCGCAAGCUAAGGGAUCUACAUGCUGCUGUCCGGGCGGGGCUGAGCUUCCCUGCCAGGAUGAGGAUAGCUAGGGAUAUUGUGGAAGGUAUCCGCUACCUCCACUCGCUCGGCCUCGUCCACCGCGACAUAAAGAUGAAGAACGUCCUCCUGGACGCGUCAGACCGCGCGUCGCUGUCAGACCUGGGGUUCUGCGCGGCGGAGACGCUGAUGUCGGGGUCGCUGGUGGGCACGCCGGUGCACAUGGCGCCCGAGCUGCUCGCGGGGGACUAUCAUGCUAGUGUUGAUGUUUAUGCCUUUGGGAUAUUGUUUUGGUAUGUGUGUGCGGGUAACAUAAAACUGCCAUCAGCCUUCGAAACAUUCCAAAACAAGGAACAACUGUGGAGUAAAGUCAAAAGAGGCCUUCGCCCCGAGCGCCUGCCCCACUUCACCGACGAGUGCUGGGAAGUCAUGACCUCCUGCUGGGCCUCCGAGCCCUCGCAGCGAGCCCUCCUCGGCGACGUGCAGGACAAGCUCGAGCGGAUACACCAGCACUCGCUCACGCAGGCAGACAUGCACGACGAUGGCGGGGGACCGGCUGAUGAUAUCUCUGAAGAGGAUAGUCUGGAUAUGACGGGGAUAGAUCAGUAACAGUAGUGUUAAAACGUGAAUAAACUCUGCAAAGCAGAAAUUUUAAUGUUAAAAGGUGAAUGAACUCUUUUUAACCGACUUCGCAAAAAAAGAGAUUCGCAGUUCCAAUGUUUGUAUUUUUUGGAUGUGCAAUUUGGAUGAGAUUGAUCAUAGAUUUACACGAAAAUACACAUAUCAAAAUGUAAAUGUUCAUUGAGCUACAUACAUUAUGAAGAUUCGUUAAAUUGUGUUUAAUAUUGCGAUACACAUUUAAAUCCGCAAAUAGGCAAUUUUAAAGAUGAACAAAAAGCAAAUAAUGUUGUUAUAGUCGGUGUUAGGUCUCUUUUAAAAACACCAUAUAAAAACCCAAGUGUAUUGUUUGAUAUCAACAUAAGGAAAGUAGAUCUGUAUUUUUAAUACAACUUGAAAUUGAAACUGAUUACAACUGAAAUUUCAACACAUUUCAACUUAUUUCAAAUCAAAAAGUGUUAAUUAAAAUGAGUUGCGCUUGUUGACAUUAAAACGCAACCAUUGAAGUUAAAAUGUUUGUAAAAUGUAAGAAAAAUAAACAUUUUAUUAAGGUACUUGAAAUUUUGAAAAUUUCACAUUUUAAAAAUGUGCAAGUAAAGACUGAAGUACGGGGUUCAAUUCCCGGACAAAGGUUCGAAUCAGUCACAUCACUAGUAUAGUCUUGUUAACUACUUUAAUAUUAAGUUAUUUUAUAAAACUGAUUUGUAUGAUAUAAAGUGACUAAAUAUGAGCUUGUUAGGUACGUUUUUAAGUGUGAGUAAAAAGGUUUGGGAGGGGAAAUAAUACCCAAGUAUACGUAGAUAAGUUAUAAACUGUCAAUAGAUUGUUAACCUUAUUUCUUACGGGCUAAGGUUCAAUUUAUCAUAAUGUUUCUUUUAUAUAUUUUGACAUAAAUUACAUCAUUUCUAACUCCAGACUUUUGGCUCACACUUUAAAAAGUAACCGAUUUUUUUAAACUUGGAUUAACGUAAGAAUAGUUGUAUAACACGUCGAAGGACAAAUAAUAAUGAACUCUAAGUUGUAGUGAUAAGGUUUAUAUUCGUCUGUGAUCAACAAAUUGUUAUAUAAGUAAGAAAUCAUUGGUUAUUUUUGUUAAAUUAUUGAAUGAAAUUCAAGCUGUUUUCUCUAAUUGUUUUGGCGUUAGUACGUACUUAUAUAAUAACAACAUUACACAAUAUACUGGCACAGUUUAAGCUUGGCGGCUGGGUGACAAGCAAAAAUGUACCUUAUGGCGAUUAAAAUAAACAUGAAAUUAAGUUUCUACAAAGUUUUCUAACUCUUGGUCCAUCGUAAUAUUGUUUUCAAGCCGCUAAGUUUAAAUCACUGAAUUGUAAAAGAAAACCACUUGAUAUUAAAUAGUUUUUAUUUACUAUGUACCACUACAUAGUAAUCUAAAGAAAUUAAUACUUUCCGUGGUUUGUUUAACAUCUGAACUAAUAAUCACUCAUCACAAUAGUUUUUGUUUAUCAGUAAAUAAUAAAUAACAGUAAUCGAACUGUCACAAAUGCAUUAUUUUAUCAAUUAAAACAUUAUUUUCAGUGUGUAACACAGACGCGGUAUGUAAGUUAUCAUGGUCAUGGUUUUUUCUCAAGUUCAAUUCACUUACAAUAAAUUCUUUAAGUUAGAAGGUUACUAAAAUGUCGUGGAAGGCAUCUAUCUACUAUCAGGUGAAUACUUCGUCUGGUAUCGGGAAAUCCUAAUUAACUUUAAUAAAACAUCAAAAACAUAUUUCAUUUGAAUUUCCCGCUACUAGUCCAAGGAUUGACCUUAAGCAAGCAUGGAGCCAGCCAAACUUAAAUAUCCAAUCAAUAUUAAAUUAUCUGUGUAUAUACCAACGAGUCAAUAAAUGUAUCCUUUUUUUAAAAGCAGGAUUAAAUAUAAUUUCCAUAUCCCGUGAGUAAUAUUUUAUUGUUUAACUAUUGUGCCUGCAUCGUGGAUACUCAUAAUAUCAAAUAAUAAUAUCUCCUCUGAAAUCGUCUGUAAAUAGUUAUUUGUUUGUUGUUUCAGUUUGUGACAGUUUCGAUAUAUGAAUACAAUACAUGAUAUAGUAUUACUGCACCCGCUACGAUAAGUUAUUGUAAGAACAUCACUGUACUCUGAAAAUAUACGCUUUUAUAUAAAACGGACA